CAUAUGGCUUCACCUAAUGGUUUUUUAAACCCCUUAACCUAUUUUCUGGCUGCUGGUGCUGUUACUUUGGGAAUUGGUUUCUUUGCUUUGGCAUCAGCUUUGUGGUUCCUGAUUUGCAAACGAAGAGAAAUAUUUCAAAAUUCCAAAUUUAAAGCAACUGAUGAGAGAUGCAGGCAAAGAUCAUCAAAGGCAAAGAUUAAAUCUCAUUCUCAGUGUGUUUUUAUUUCUCGAAACUUUCAUACUGGAGGAUACCAAUUACAGGAGGAACAAAGAAAAAAGGAAACAGCAUGUAUAAAAGCAAAUAGAGAUCACUCUAAAGAUGAAUUCUGCCUUGCAACAAAAAAGGUCAUUUGUGACCCUUCAGAGACUAGCUCGACAACGCAUCCCAGCAGUGUUACUUUAAGCUUAUCGACACUACAAUCUGAUUCUCAUUACAGCCAAAGUAUAGACGCAGGUGAUGACUGGUUUUCUGAUGAUACUCUAGCAAAAAAGAGCUCUCCAAUGCCUUCUCUCAGAGAACCUCAAAUGGAAAAAGUAUUUUCAUACCUGUCAACAAUUUCAUUAGAAGAAUGUACUGAAAAUGUACUGAAUAUGACACUUUAUGAUGAUCAUAAAGAUGACAGCAUUAAGGAAAUAUUUUCACGAAGAAAUGCAGAAGUUGAAAUACAAAAAUUUCAACAUAAUAUUGAAUGACUUUUUUCUUUUGAAACUUUGUGUACACUGAAAUAAUGGAAAGUUAAAACCAAAUUACCAGCUUCUGAGUCUCUUAAAAUGUCCAUACUAAUAUUACUUUUCUUAUUCCUUGCCAUAUAGUGGUCCUACUUCCCUUGCUGAUUCUUAUUUCUAGAAAUAAUUACAGGAAGAAUUAGAGUGACAUCAUGAACAUUAAGCUUAACUCCUUGUAUCUCAUCAAAAGAUAUAACAAAUAAUACAAACGUAUUUCAACAUGCAGGAAAAUAAGAAAUCUUCAGCACAAAUAGAGUUUUGAAUAAAACAUUCACAACAUUCCUUAUACUUUUGACAUUUUUAAUUUUAUUUCAAUGUGGGUAGGGCUGGGCAGAAUACUUUCAUCAGCUUUUCUGAAUUUUAAAUGCAUCAAUCACCUACAAUUCAAUUUUUAUUUUGUCACGAUUUUGGUAAACAAUAUACUCAAUAUCUGUUGCUCUUCUAGGGGAGCCUGGAACACUGUGAAGAAUCCAGAAUAUAAUUUUUCUUUGCCCUCUCCUAUGUCUGCUUCUCAGAAUGGUUUCCUAAUCCUUACCCCACUGUGAUGAAAAUGUGGGCAUCUAUGUUCUUAAGCCUCUGAUUCAAGCUAGAUGAAUCAGAGUUCCUCUCUAAUCAGAGACCCUUGGUCAGAGUUCUGUGUUUGGUCCUGAGGGAUUUCUGACACCCACUCUGUAAUUAAUCUUUUUUUUCCUCUUUAUCCUAAAUACUGUCCAUGUACUUAGUCCCCUUUUUCUUUCUUUGGGGAAAAAUUGCUAAAUAUAAUACUAGCUUUUGUGCUUAAUUUACUCAUACUGACACUUGUGCAUAUCUUCCCAAGAGAUAAAUCAUACCUAUUAAAGUAAAUGAAAAUAAACUUGUCUCAGUUAAGAUAGUAGCAUUACUCAGUCUGUCCCAUUACCCCUUUCUGUCCCAGGGGAAAUAGUAAAAAUGAUUAAAACACCUCUGUCUUCUAAAGCACCUUGUCAUUUCUACAAGUUAUCGGUUGUGAGAACAUCUAUCUAAUAUCCACCCCUACAUCUAAAUAAGCUAUUUCAGCUCAAUGUCUGUAAGGAAUAGCAUAUAUAUAAAUUGUUCUCUGUCCCUUGGUGUCCUACCAACUCAUAUCUUACUGCCUAUCCCAGAAAAGUCAUCUCUAAUUUUGGUGAGAUGCUAUAACUUUCCUACGAAUUUGGGGUUGGAGAUAAGAGAUUCUAGCUUUGAUCUCAUUAGUCUUUGGAAUAGAGGAAACAAACUGGGGAGCUGUGGGCUGCCAUGUCCUACCUUGUGGUUUGGGAAGAAAAAAACAGUAAAUCUGCUGUGAGAGAGCAGUGAAGCACUUGCAAAGUGAAAAGCAGAUAUGAGAGGUCAGGAGAAUGUAAUUCCUGGCUUUUUAACAGUCCUCCAUUUCCUUGUUCCAGCUCUUCAUGAAGCCUGCCCUUGGCUUGGUAUGGCACACGUUAUCCUAAUAAUAAAUUAACCUAUUUUCUUAAGCUAGCAAGAUCUGACAUUUAUUAGUGUCCUGUUUUAAACUAUUGUUCUGGGCUUUGGCAAAGUACCUUGUAAUUUUAUAAUAAAUUAUUGUUUUUGCAUAAUGCAGA